UCUUUUAAAAAAAAGUUCUAGGGCACCUUUAAUAUUAAUACUGACAGGUUUGCCUAGUUUACAACAUUAAUUGAGAAAGAUUUUGAUGUAUCAAAGGCUAUAUCCCCCAAUUCUCACUCCAAGCUGAACUCAAAAGUUGGCAGCUCAUAUCUCUCUCAACUCAGACAGAACAGUUUGGCCUGUCUGCCACCUGGUCUACUAUUAGUAAAUCAUGACCUGUACUUCAGCUUACACACAGGUGUCAUCUACCCUCAAUGCACGCAACUUAACAGCGCCAGGCAAGGGAGGUGACGGAAGCCAAAAUCACUCUCAUACAGGAGGUGCAGGUUGGUAAAGUGUCUGGGAGCGUGCGGUCACAUGAUGAAAUGAGAGAACCUUCUUGCUGUUAGCCGAUUAGUGUGUGCCUACAGGACUUAUCCUCCUCCUCGAACACAGUCACACACUCACACACACAAAUAAACUCGUACACACUUCCCAUCCCACACUGUUCAACUUUAGUGACCUACUCAGCCUUGAGAAAUCCUCUUUCUAAUCUCAGCCCGAGCACCUCCCAAUCCUCCCACUCUUCUCAGCUUCCUGCGCCCCUCUCACCUGUUAGCAUGCUAAACAGGAUGCAUUCGGCAAUGCACUUUUCUUGCUUUUAUUCGUUCUCGGCGCGAACUGUUAAAGGGCUUUUUGUUCACUGAUGAUCAAGUGGGAUCUGAUGUGUGUGAGUGUGAGUGUGUGUGUCCGUGCUGGUUCGUCUGACUGAAGGAUGUAUCGUCUGCUGGUGGCCCAGGUUCUCCUGGGCUGCUGGAGUGUGGCACAACCAUUCUGUCCUUCCCAGUGCACUUGUGUGUACCAUGGACGCAGCGAUGGCACUGGCAGCAGGUCUGUUCUAUGCAAUGACCCUGACAUGUCAGAUAUUCCAGUCAACGUCCCCGUGGACACGGUGAAGCUGCGGGUGGAGAAGACAGCUGUGCGUCGAGUGCCCACUGAGGCCUUCUACUACCUGUCGGAGUUGCGCUACCUGUGGAUAACUUACAAUUCAAUCACCUCUGUGGAUCCUGGCAGUUUCUACAAUCUGAAAGUUCUUCAUGAGCUACGGCUGGAUGGGAACAUGAUCGCUACCUUUCCCUGGGAGUCUCUGAAAGAGAUGCCCAGUCUGAGGACCUUGGACCUGCACAAUAACCGCUUGACUAGUGUUCCUGUGGAGGCAGCACCUUACCUGGUUAACAUCACCUACCUAGAUAUUUCUAGUAACAAGCUAACUACCCUCCCUUCUGACCUGGUGGACAUCUGGCCUCCAUUUUCAGGCGUCCUGCCUAGUGCCAAUGCUUCGCAAAAGACUGUUCUUGGUCUGCAGGACAAUCCCUGGUACUGUGACUGUCGGAUUUCCAAGCUCAUUGAGUUAUCUAAGAUGACCAGCAUACCUGUGGUGUUGAUGGAUCAGUUUCUAUUAUGCAGUGGACCAGAGAACUUAGCUGGUGUUCUGUUCCAGCGGGCUGAACUGGAUCAGUGCCUCAAGCCAUCAGUUAUGACUUCAGCCACUAAGAUCACUUCAUCACUUGGCAGCAAUGUGCUUCUGCGGUGUGACGCCAAUGGUUUCCCUACUCCCACCCUUUCCUGGACCAGAGCUGAUGGAUCCGCAUUCAACAACACAGUUGUGCAGCAAUCUCCAGGUGAGGGGGUUCAUUGGUCCAUCCUCAGUUUGCACAAUAUCAUGUUUAAGGAUGCAGGCGAUUACCUCUGCAAGGCCAAGAAUGUCGCAGGGAAGGCCGAGGCAUCCAUCACCCUGUCUGUGGAUGGGAUGCAGUCCACGACGCAGUCCCCACCGAUGAACAUAACCAAGCUGCCCGAUGGUCAACCCAUGACUUCUUUUGCAGGGACUAAGAUGCCAUUGUAUACUUCCUUAAGCCCUGUGCUUACAACCACAGCUGCCAUGACCACAAUGCCACCGCUGCCAACCAGGAAGAGUCUGGGACCAGGCGAGGGAGUUCAGAGGUCCCCACCUGCUGGAGACAAACCAACUAAGGUCCAGCAAAGUAAGGGCGGCAAAGGUUUAAUGAUGAGUGACAAGUUCAAAAAGAAAGCUGACCUUAAAGACAUUGCGGUAGUGGAGGAGACAAGUGACACUGCGGUCUUAUUAUGGACCGCUGAAGGUUUCCCAAGCGAUGCGCCCCUAACAGUGGUCUACUUUCCAUACGAUGCGAAAGACGAUAAGGAGUCGGUUGAUACGGAAGUUGGUCAAGGGAAGCUGCUUUUGGAGUAUCUGAUGCCUAACCAGCUCUACACGGUGUGUUUGGUUACUAAGGGUUCGGUGUCUGGGAAAGAGCAAUGUGUGAAUUUCAGUACUCUAGAUAACGGCGGAGACGAUGGGCAGAACAAAGUCCUGAUGAUCGCAAGCGCGAUCGCAUGCGCAGUUGCGGUGCCUCUCAUUGUGGUGUUGCUCUAUAAGAUCUUGUGUCUAUACUGUAAAGGAAACAGUAGUAGGAACAAUGGACCAGACGAUGACCUUUCAAAAGAGACAUACGUAAAGUUUGAGACGCUCACCAUGAAACAAAGGACUCUGAACGGGCAGGCGAAUGAUUUGUGGGCACGAAGGCAGACUCAGGAGUCGGAGAGGAUGCUCCUGUGCUCACGUUCGAGCAUUGACUCUCAGAUGACGUACAAGAGUGACAGCUCUAGAUCUGAGUACCUGUGCUAAUGUAUGGCAUAUCGGCUUUGUGUGUUAUCCUUUCCACGCACAAGCUGUGGCAACAUCGGUUUUAAAAGAUUAUCUCUUGAUAUGCUAUCAAACUCAUUGCCUUACAAGACUUAUAUUGACUCCACAUUGCAUUUUCUGUCCCAUUUCCAAUUUUUAAAAGCCAUAUUCUUCACACACAAUUCUGUAUUUCUUUUUAUGAAAUGCAGUGUACAUAAAUGUGUAUUAUUGUGUAUGCCAACAUGAUGAAAUAGUGUUAUAUAGAUUUAUGAUAAAUGUUAUUAAACAUUUUUACUGCCUAAAAUGUAUGUAUUUUUUUGUUUUGAUUUUUUGCUCAUUAGAAACCAUUGAAGGUGUAUGUCUUUUUUGGUAUUAUGUGCAUGCAGUUGAUGACUGGCAAUGAAAUAUACCAAAUUUAA